AUAUAGUUCGUAAUUACAUCGAUUAAUACUAUAAACAAUGGAUGUGUCAUCAAACCCAUCAUCUUCACAAGCAAAUGAAAAUGAAAAUCAGUAUCCAGAAGUAAGAAUUCGUCAAAAUCCACAGACUUGUCAUUUGCACAAUGGAGAUCAAACUGAACAUAGACCGCCCCCAAAUUGGAGAACAAGUAUAAAAAUGGAUGAAAAGCUAACUAUCUGCCGUAUAUAUUAUAUUGCAGGAUUUUUCUUACUGCCAUUUUUUUGGUUAGUAAAUUUUGUAUGGCAUUAUAAUGAUGCAUACUUAGCUGAACCAUUUGAAGAACAGCCACAAUUUAAGCGCUAUGUUCUAAGAUCAGGAAUAGGCUUCAUUUUUUGGUCUGUGUUACUUAUUGGUUGGGUGUUUUACUUUCAAACACAAAGGAAUUAUCAUAACUGGGACUAUCUAACCUUUAAUUUUCCUACUGGAUCUGCUUAAAAUGAUUGUAGGAUUUACUUAUUCUCUGUUACAUAAGUAUUUUAUCUUUUUUUUUUUAUGUAAUAUUUAAUA